GUCACAGUGGCUUGUCGCACAUAUUCUUUGUUCUCUUUUGUUUUUGCUUUCACUUUAACAGAAACUGAACACAUCAAAUCUGCAGAUAAACAGUGCAACUCAAUACAAGAACAUCAGAGGAUCCAUCUGUGUACAGAACUGACAGAAACAUGGUGCAAAUACAAAUACUGAAAGAGUUAUCUCAGCUGAAAGAGUCUGGAUUUGGUCAGCCGUUGCCCAGACAUGGUCUCCGCCUGCUGUGGUGGUUUGCCAGGGAAUGUGUUCAGAUUAACAGCAAUCACCGCAUGACUGCACGGUGCAACCCUGCAAAAGGAGAAUUUGGCUUCCAUCGAUUCCACAACAGAACUGAAGUCAAUGCAGAAAAACUUCUUCCUAACACCAAACUAACAUACUAUGAGGUUGGCAACCUGAACACCCUGAAUGCAGCACUACUACCUCAUUAUGUCACUGAGAAUUACACUGGCAAAACAGAUGACAGCAAUACUGAUCGCAUCAUUAUUUCAUUUGAUAAAAAUUUGAAUAGGUUUGACAGCAUUUAUGUGACCCAGCAUUCAGAUAAGUUGCAUUUUGACCAUAAUUGCACCUACCAAAUCAGCCAAGGUCUCAUUAAAGUAAUCAAAAGCUUAGGCUUGGAAGAACUGGAAGAAGCUGUGAACAAGCAGAGAUCUGACUCAGAGUCCUCUCUGCAGUCUGAAUCAAUUAGUGAUGAAGAGUCAUCAGACUUCAGACCACUAUUAACUAUCGACAAAGAAUCAUCAGAAUUCAGACAACCAUUAUUUAGUGACGAAGAGUCAUCAGACUUCAGAUCACUUUCCCGACGUGUACAUAGGCCUAGUACCCCAGAAAAAUGCUGUUCUCCGAAAUGCUGUUGUGUUUCUUAAUGUUUUCCCAUGUCUUUUAUCUGUAGCCUUUGUGUUUUAUUUUCACGUUACAUAUAGGACUGAGAAGAAUUUUUAAGGGAUCGUUCUCCCAAAAAUGAUGUAAUGUCAUUCCAAACCCAUAUGACUUUUUUUCUUCUUCCGUGGAACACAAAAUGUGCAUUUUCAAUGAAUAUCCUGGCCUUUUUUUUUCUGUUUAUUGAAAGUGAAAGAUUGUCAAGCUCUGAAAAAUUACCAUGAAACUGUCAUUAAAGUGUCCAUAGGUUCCAUGUGUGAUAGUUCAAUCUUCUGAAAAAUUGCUUUAUAUCAGACCAAAGUUGUUUAAACCCAUUAUAUAUAAAUAUAUUUAUACAUAUUUAGUGUCUUUAUAUAUAAACAUGGUCUUUCCAAACAUAGUUGCUCCUAAAAUAAAGUUUAUCUAUCAUCCAUCCAUCAUUCAUUCAUCCAUCCAUCCAUCCUUCAUCCAUCCAUCCAUCAAUCCAUCCAUCAUUCAUCCAUAAAUCCAUGCAUCAUUCAUCCAUCCAUCAUCCAUCCAUCCAUCCAUCAUUCAUCCAUCAAUCCUUCCAUCUCAUUCAUCCAUCCAUCAAUCCAUCCAUCAUUCAUCCAUCCAUCCAUCCAUCAUUCAUCCAUCAAUCCAUCCAUCCAUCCAUCCAUCCAU